CUCUGGGCAGAGGUGCAUUGGGCAGAAAAGAUACUGCUGCAUCUGGCAUCAUUCUACGGGCUUACUAUAUCUUCCGUGCCAUUCUCCGCGGGCCUGGGACGCUGGACAAUUCUCGGACGUGGUUUUGCUUUCCGCUUUAGACCCACUCAGAUAAGAUCUUAUUUUCCAAAGAGCUAGGUUUCUUAUAACGCCUCUGUCGUCCGGCCGAACUUGAUUCCGCCCUGUUGCGCCGUUGAGCUCUGCUGCGUACUUCACACACUGAAAAGAGGUCGGCCAGUGUCGCGUUGAUCUCGGUAGGAAGCAAUGCUCUCCAAGACGCUGUAUGCGCUGUCUGCGCUCCCACUUGCCGUCGCACAAGAGACUGUGUACGGAGUUUACAUCUUCUCUCGCCAUGGCGACCGCACUCCGAAGAUUCUUCCUCCCGCCAAUCUCACCCAGCUCGGCUACCAGGAAGUCUACCAGCGUGGCCAGUACUAUCGUUCUAGGUACAUCGCGUCCGAGGCGAGCUUGAAAAUCGCUGGCAUCAACACCGAUAUCGUCAAACUCUCCCAGAUCGCUGUUUCUGCCCCGCAGGACAACGUUCUCCAGUCGUCUGCGAAUGGUUUCUUGCAGGGCUUGUAUCCGCCGUAUGAGACAAACCAGACUUUGAGGAACGGCACCACCAUAGAUGCCCCCAUGGGUGGCUACCAGAUCAUCCCAAUCAAUCUGGCCAGCUCAGGAAGCGGCAGUGAGGACAACGGCUGGCUUCAGGAUGCUACCGGCUGCGGUAACGCAGUAAAGAGCAGCAACAACUACUUCCUCUCUGCGCAGUACCAAUCUCUGCUCUCGAGCACCAGCGAUUUCUACAAACGACUUACCCCCGUCAUUAACAGCACGUUCUCGGCGGCCAAUAUCAACUUCAAGAAUGCCUACACCAUCUUCGACUACAUCAACGUGGCCGAAAUCCACAACCAGACCAUCCCUUCUUCAAACCUACUUGAUAACAGCACCCUGUUCCAGCUGCGCACGCUAGCCGAUCACCACGAGUUCGGCCUCGCUUACAAUGCCUCUGACAACACUCGCGCUAUCGCCGGCAUGCAGCUCGCAGCCGAGAUUGUCGACUACCUGAACGGCACCAUCACUAGCGGUGGCAAGCAGAAGCUGGGUAUCCAGUUUGGCGCAUACGGGACUUUCUUGUCCUUCUUCGGUCUUUCCAACCUGACUGCCGCAAGCGAGGAUUUCUACGGCGUCAACGACUACGCGUCCACCAUGGUGUUCGAGCUCUUUGCCAACGGCACCAGCAGCACAAUGCCCUCGGCCGACGAACUGUUCGUUCGCUUCCUUUUCCACAACGGAACCAGCGCAACCAGCGUGGACCCCACUCCCUUCCCGUUGUUUGGCGGCUCCGACCUCGUCAUCCCCUGGAACACGUUCGCGGAGAAGAUGGGCCAGUUCUCAGUUGGCACGACGGAGGAUUGGUGCAAGGUCUGUGGGAACACGACGGGAACAUGCGCGGCUUACGCGACUGAGGUGAACGGCAGUUCGAGCACGGCCUCUGGAACGGGUGGCAGCAGCGGUGGCAUUUCAAAGGCCGUUGCCGGCGUCAUUGGAGCAAUGGUGACGCUCGGCGUUAUCCUUGGCCUCGAAGCCUUGAUCUUGGCCGUCGGCGGCCUAAGAGUUGUGAGCAAGAAGAAGCUGCAGGCCAGUCCACCAACAAGUGUUGCGCAGGCAAAGGCUUAAGCCAACGCCACAAAUAUCUGACGAUUGCAUACGGUCUGAUUUAAUGUAUUGAUCUUAUACAUGAGGAAAUAGUAGUAAUCUACAAAUCCAUUCUUUCAAA